AUGGUCACAUGCCGGAUAUGGAUGGUUUUAAGCGUCUUGAGCGAGUUGGACUUGAGAUGGGAGCUACCAGUCAUAAUGUUAUCUGCAAAUGGUGAUACAAAACUGGUGAUGAAAGGAAUUACACAUGGAGCUUGUGAUUAUUUGCUUAAACCAGUUAGGAUUGAAGAACUGAAGAACAUAUGGCAACAUGUUAUCAGGAGGAAGAAGAAUGAUCCAAAAGAUCAACUGGUUAAUAAUAAUAAUAAUAAUAAUAAUAAUGAUAAGAAUCAACUUGAGGUUAUUGAUCCAAAUGGAUUCUUUGACCAGAAUGUUAAGCAAAACAGGAAAAGAAAAGAUCAGGAAGGUGAAGACGAUGAUGAAAGUAACAAUAACGACGAUGGAUCCAACCAGAAGAAGCCUCGGGUUGUUUGGACAGUCGAAUUGCAUCGUAAAUUUGUUUCUGCUGUUAAUCAUAUGGGUAUUGAUAAGGCAGUGCCCAAGAAGAUAUUGGAUCUGAUGAAUGUGGAUAAGCUGACUAGAGAAAACGUUGCCAGCCAUCUGCAGAAAUAUAGGCUUUAUUUGAAGAGGAUUAGUUGUGUGGCAAGCCAUCAAGCUAACAUGGUAGCAGCUUUAGGUGGUGUUGAUUCUGCGUUUUUAAGAAUGGGUUCUUUCGGGGGAGGGAGGAAUCUCCAUUUUACGUUAUUGCAAGUUAUAGCUAAUGUCUCAUCAGUGUUCUAUUUGGAACCUGUUAAGUUUCUCGAGAUUGCAAUGGAAAUAAGCUAUUUUUCGCUUUCUGAAAUUGAAUCAAAGGAUCCUUUGAUGGCCUUGCUGAGAAAUGGUAAAUUAAAGCUGUUUUUAUCGAGAAUCUGCUUAGAAGAAUCUCGUUUACCUGAACUAUUCACUGCAAUAUGUGUUCAACUGGAGAAAAUGUGUUUAUGCCUGAACAAGAUGGUUGAUUUCAUAUCCGGGUUGAAUUCUAAUCUCCCAAAUGGAAUCAUUUCUGUCGAUGUUCUAGGAUAUUCACUCACUAUUUUGAGGGAUAUUUGUGCAAAUGAUGGAUCAUGA